CGAGCUUGGCGGCGACACGUCCACGGUGCCCCGCGUUGCGACCUUGUUUGCCGCCGUCAUGCGCGCCGCGCUCCUCCUUCUCCCCAUCUUGAGCCCAGUGCUCGCAGCGUACGAGAAGACGCUGGGCGUGCCCCCCGCUUUACUGUUGAAAUACUCACCCCAAGCGUCGGGGAAGUGGAGAUGUCUUGAUGGCUCGAAGGAGAUCCCUUGGGACUUUGUAAACGACGAUUCGUGCGACUGUCCGGACGGCAGUGAUGAGCCAGGAACCUCGGCUUGCCCGAAUAGCACGUUCUACUGCAGGAAUGAAGGGCAUAUAGGCGCCACCAUCCCCAGCUCACGCGUGAACGAUGGCAUAUGCGAGGCUGAAUGCUGUGACGGUAGCGACGAAGCGCCCGGCGUGUGUCCGAACACCUGCAAGGAAGUAGGCGAGGCGUACCGUCAGAAACGCGCGCAGGAGCUCAAGAUACAGAAGACCGGCUCGAAGAUCCGCUCUUCCUACAUCGCCUACGCGCAGAAGGAGAAAAAGCGAUUGGAGGGUCUUGUGCAGAACCUCGCGGAUGAGAUCGCUGUGCGCGCGAAGGAAGUCGAGCGCUUGCGAGACAUUGCCGACCGCGCCGAGUCCAUCUCAGCCGCCGCCCUUGAACGCAAGAAGCAGUCGCCCGUCUUCCAAACCCUUCUCGAGCACGCCUCCGCGCUCAAGUCCCUCCAGCGCGAGUACAAGAAGCGCGCCGCCGCCGAGAAGCAGCUCGGCGAGAUCCUCGACACGCUCCGCUCGGGGUACAACCCGAACUACCAGGACAUGGCCGUGCUCGCUGCCGUGCGCGCGUGGGAGGAGCAUGCGGGUCUCCCGCAUGUGGGCGUGGAGGCGGAUGCGGCGGCGAAAGAGGAAGAGGCGGGUGACAAGGGAAAGAAGGAGAAAGCGAAGAAGGAUGAGAAGAUCCCGGAGGACGAGUGGACGUUGGAGGAGCUGGAGCAGGAUCUGGAUGAGCUGUUGAAGAUGGAUUAUGUGGAGUUGCUGCUGGAGUCGGAGGAUGGGUCUGCGGCGUCGGAUGGAUCGAUGAUCUUUGACCUCGCGGCCUACCUGCCAGAUUCCGUCAUCCCUGCGUACGAGGACUUCAAGGACGCGUUCGUAGUAUUGCUGCAGACAUUUGGGAUCAUCAAGCCUCAGACGGACUCGCCCAGUGGUACCGACACCUCCAAAUCCCGCCAAGCCCUGCAAUCUGCCGAGAAGGCGCUUUCCAAGGUAGAGAAGGAUAAGAAGGACGCGGACGAGCAGCUGGCGAAGCUGAGCGAUCCCGCCGGCUACGGAACGGAGGGCGAGUGGAAGAAGUUGCAGGACUUGUGCAUCGAGCGGGAGAUGGGCGACUACAAGUAUGAAUUGUGCUUCUUCAAGGAGGCGAAGCAGAAGCCGCUCAAGGGCGGGUCGAACUUCAGCCUGGGUAAAUGGGGCUCGUGGAACACCGACGCGGAGAAGGGCACGCCCGAGUACUACUCAAAGCAGCUUUACACGAAGGGCGCGCGCUGUUGGAAUGGGCCGGAGCGGACAGUGUCGGUCGUCCUCACCUGCGGCACUGACAACGCGAUUACGAGCGUCUCCGAACUCGAGAAGUGCCAGUACCAGUACACGGCGACGACGCCGGCGCUCUGCUUGCCGGUCGACGAGGGCAAUGUGAAGGAUGAGCUGUAAGGUACUGUUAUAUGCUAGGCGUACAACAAUCCAGGAGCGGGAAAGCGUAGGGCAUGGACGGUCCGAGUGAAUUGAUGGGACCGACGGGGACUGCUUGGGAGUGGUCAUCGUAUUCGUCGAUGGCGCAAGAUCUCCGGUCCCAUCAUCAGUACCAAGUACAUACUUGUAUUGUAGCAUCUCGAACGUGCUGUUGCGUGCACCGUCGGUCGGGGAAAGCGUCCAUG